AUGCUAAACUGCCAACAUAAACCAAAUAAAAACAUAUGCAAAUUGUGUGGAAUGGCUACUUAUAAAGAUGGAUCUAUUGCUUAUAAACAUAUUUCCUUUAAGAGUCAUCAGGAAGCAAAAAAUCUUUUCGAUGAUCUAAGCAAUAUUAGCAUAAACUAUGAACGAAGAGAAGAAUUAAUUGAUUUCCUCUUUUAAACUAAAUAGAGCCUAUAACUAACUGAUCAAACUGUUCAUUUAGCCAUUCACUAUUUGGAUAGAUGCUAACACUUACUCCAAAGUCAAAAUCCCAAAUUGAUUUCCUUAAUGUGUUUGAUGGCCAGUUCUAAAAUGAUUGAAGACGAUGCACACAUUCCAGGGAUGAGCAAACUAUCUAAAGCAAGUGAUUUAAACUUAAAUAAAAAUGAAUACAAACAGGCAGAGUGUUUAGUUUUAAAAACAUUAAAUUGGAAACUCAAAGUUAACACUUUAUAUGAUUAAGUUUAAAGUCUCUUAUCCUUAGGAGUUUUCUUUUCUACAGACUCUCAUGAUGGAAUCAUGGAUUACAAUAUGAUUAAUUUUAUAUGUUGUAAAAUGCUAAAAGACCAUUCCAAAAUAGUCUAUCAAGUAAACAAAAUACCUUAAUUGAUGCAAAUUAAUACUAAGAUUUUAGCUAUGGCUAUUAUUUUAUAUAUGAGAAAACAAUGCCAUUUGCAUCCUCUUCCACAUUAAUUAUAAGGUUUACUUGAGGAAGAUUAAAAUCAAUUGUUAAUUGAUACUUAUGGUCAACUCAAUAAUCUUUUACAAAACAAUUCCUUAAGCAAUACAAAAAGUGUAUCAAGAGCCUUGUCACCUGUUACACUUUCUACUUGCAAAUCUAUGCCUCCUGUCACUAGAGUUACACAAAACGCAAGAAUGCCUCUGAAUAUCAUCACAAAUCAUUAAACAUUCAUCAAGCCCAAACUCAUUAAAUCAAAGCAUCAAGAAUAAGAUUUGAACCCAUUAAGGGUUAAGCAUAAGAAUUGUUGA